AUGCUAUCGAAACAACGUCCGAACCAUUCUUGCCAUUACGCGACCACGCGUUGUGAAGUGAACGGACACACAUCCUCUAUACCCACACAGCCCCAGUCACUCCAUGUCAGCCCCAUAUGGCCAAGUUCUGGUCCCAUGCCGCCGUCCCCUGCUUCUGUCCGAUCCCUUCCGACCCCCCGGGCGUCCGGCCGGACGGCGAUGCCGGAAUGCUCACAGCCCAACUCCUGCUCCUGUGAGUGCGACCCCCUCACUCUUUCCAACGCGGAGGACCCCUUUGUGUGUCCAGGCUCGCAGCCCCCCCGCCGCCUUCUCUUGAGGGGCGUCAAGAGGGCGAUGGGCGGCGACGCCGCGGGCGACCUCCUGCUGACCCCUUCCGCACGCAUCCUCACCACUCACCAGCCGUACAGCCGGUGCGACCUCUCCCUCCCCCCCUCCCCGGUGACGACGCUUUCUUCCACCCCGCUCCUUUCCGCUAUCCCUUCCCCGACCACCGAAAGCGGCGAAGGGGGCCAGCCCGGUGAGCUCCCCUUACCCCCACCCCGCACCAAACUUUUCCUCUUCAACAUCCCUUCUUAUAUCAACAACGCCCAUUGUUUGCGGCACCACGUUCCCCCUUCCGGGCUCGUCUCCUUGCGUGUGAAGCGGAUCACGGCGUGGCGGGAUGUGGGGUUUGCCGAGUACGCCACCCCCGAGGCGGCGCAGGCCGCGAUGGAGUGGUUCAUCGCCGCGCGGAUGCUGCGCAACAGACUGGGGGGGGUGGCCACGAAGACAUCCGGAGGCGCUGUGCCCUCCCAGAUGCGGAGCUUCAUCUACCCUUACCCCUUUCAGGAAGGGUUUCCCGAUGAGUUCCCCACAAAGGGUGAGAUGGAAGGGGCUGGGGAGGGGUAUGGGGAGUUUAAGGAGAAGUGCAAGGGUCUCCUGCUGCCGUACGUCGAUCUCGGCGUCAGCAUGAGUGAGGACCCUGCGCGGUUCAUCCAGCUUCUGUUGGGCUCUUCCCUGCUUCGGGCGGAUUGGGCGAAACACUACGCGACCGGCGAGCCGGCAAUCAUGCGAACAAUGUCGGGUGGGGGCUCGUCGGAUAGCACGGAUGGGUGGCGUGCGGCACUGCCCCUGGAUUCACCCCCCAGUAGCACCGUCUUCAUCAAGAUGCGGAGAAAAUUCCCUAAUAUUCUGGGCAAGCGUGGCUCUGAUGUCGACGCGGUAUCGGCGAUGACGAAAGACGAGCUGUGCGACAAAGCCGUUUCGUUCGUGGAUGGGAGACAGACCAAUGGACGGGAUACCAGCGCAGCGUCAGGGGAGGAUACCAUCACCUGUCAUCGAACUUCUGAUGAAUUGGACAGUAAGGACUCGUGUGAGUUUGCAGGGCUUUCAGCCUUUGGUGUGGCAUGCAUGGUGAUGCAAGAGAGUUUCUUUUCCGAGCGAUUCGCCGGAUUUUUCUCGUUUUCGCCGUUUCGCCAUCCCCCGUUUAACGGCGGCUGUUUCGUGCGUUUCAUCUGUAAUGAGGACGCUCUGCGGUGUAUGCGGUGGAUGCUGAGCCAGCCGGAGUUGCAACAGCAGUUCUAUGUGCAAAUAGCGCGACAUGACUCUUUGAUAACUCGGUCAAGUAGUCAGCCGAGUCUAGUAGAAAGUGUCACAAAAUAUUAG